AUGUCAAAGUAUAAAGCAAAAGCUGUUGUUCGCACAUUAACUGCAACUUCGAAUGAUCCAUGGGGUGCAAAUAGUACAUUAAUGGCUGAAAUUGCUCAAGCAACAUUUAAACAUCAUGAAUUCAUGGAAAUUGCGGAAAUGAUUGACAAAAGAUUAAAUGAUCAUGGUAAAAAUUGGAGGCAUGUUUACAAAGCACUUGUUCUAUUAGAUUACUGUCUUCAUCUAGGGUCCCAAGAUGUUGUUUCAUAUGCAAAAGAAAAUUUAUAUGUGGUAAAAACUUUAAGAGAAUUCCAAUACAUUGAUGAUGAUCUGAAAGAUCAGGGCCAGAAUGUUCGACAAAGGGCCAAGGAGAUCACUGAACUUCUUCAGGAUGAUGAACGUUUACAGCAUGAAAGAAACCAACAUACUGAAUUGAGACAAAGAUGGACAGGCAAUGAUGAUCCCUUGACAGAUAGAAGUUAUAACAAUAGUGCAUCUACAUAUGAACAUCCUAGUUAUUUUGAUGAAGAGGCUGAUUUAAGAAAGGCAAUUGAAGAAGCCAAAAGGUCUGCACAAGAUUGA